UUCGUGGGAAUGAGUGUCGGCUCUUUGGUCUCUCUGUUCCAGUCCAGCGCUCAAAACUGUAGCGUUUUUGUUUUCGACCACUUCUUUCGCGUCGGUGUUUUGAAAUAUGCAAUAUAUAAAACCGCUGCCAUGGAGAGCAUUUUCUCCUAGUACAAGCUACAAGCUACCACCCAUUCUUUCCUUUCAUUGUUUUCCCUCUGACUCUCUCUUACAAUCAUUCGACAUUGGUUUUUGCAUUCUUUUCUUUUGGGAGUUCCAGGGAGAGCAGUGUCCUGAACUGGGUUCCAUUCACAUUCUUCCCAAACUAGCUGGUUCAGAAGCCCUUCUAUUUUUUCUAGUUCAGAAUGGCCUUUGCAAGAUUAGUCCAAUGGUUAGAUCUUCUAGCAUGUGCAUUGCUAUUGCUCAAAACAGAAGGCUUUAAUGUAGGAAUUACUUAUGUCCAGACUGCGGUAGCAAAAGGAGCUGUUUGUUUGGAUGGAAGUCCACCAGCUUACCACUGGGAUAAGGGAUUUGGUGCAGGAAUGAACAAUUGGUUAGUUCACAUUGAGGGAGGUGGAUGGUGCAACAAUAUAACCACUUGUCUUUCUCGUAAGAACACUCGUCUAGGUUCAUCUAAGCAAAUGGCCAAGGAAAUUGCUUUCUCUGGCAUUAUGAGUAAAUAUCGAAUGUUUAAUCCUGACUUUUACAAUUGGAACAGAAUCAAGGUUAGGUACUGCGAUGGGGCAUCGUUUACUGGUGAUGUGGAAGCAGUCAAUCCAGCCACUAAUCUGCACUUCAGAGGAGCAAGGGUUUGGCUUGCUGUCAUCGAGGAUCUGUUAUCAAAAGGAAUGAGAAGUGCCAAAAAUGCUAUUCUCUCUGGUUGUUCAGCUGGUGGAUUGACUUCUAUUUUGCAUUGUGAUAGCUUCAGAGCUCUCCUACCUAUAGGUGCGAAAGUUAAAUGCCUGUCGGAUGCUGGUUACUUUAUCAACACGAAGGAUGUUUCUGGAGCACAACACAUUGAAGCAUUCUUUAGUGAAGUUGUUGCAACACAUGGUUCAUCCAAGAAUUUGCCUUCAUCAUGCACUUCAAAACUGAGAGCAGGGUUUUGUUUCUUUCCCCAAUACAUGGCACAGCAAAUCCGGACACCAGUAUUUUUGGUAAAUGCAGCCUACGAUUCAUGGCAGAUAAAAAACAUUUUGGCACCUGGUGUUUCUGAUCCUCACGGCUACUGGCAUAGCUGCAAACUUAAUAUAAAGAACUGCUCGCCUAGCCAGAUCACAACCAUGCAAGAUUUUAGGCUGCAAUUUUUAAGAGCAUUGAAGGCUUUAGGCCCCUCUUCAUCCAGAGGAUUAUUCAUAGAGUCUUGUUAUGCCCACUGCCAAACAGAAACGCAGGAGACAUGGUUAAGCAGCGAUUCUCCAUUGCUGAGUAGAACAACAAUUGCAAGGGCAGUUGGAAACUGGUUUUAUGACCGAAGUCCGUUUCAAAAGAUAGAUUGCCCUUACCCUUGCAACCCCACUUGCCACAACCGUGUUUUCGAUACAAAGGAACACCCAGAUUUAUAGAUGUAUUAUGCCAAGAUAAAUCAUUUUUUAUAAUGAAUUUGAGUUAUCAGCAACAUGAGA